CGGCAGAGCGAGUUGGUCCGAAUAAUGUUACCAUGUCUGUACAUGCCUUGCUGUGCGAGAGGAUUGCUAUUGCAGAGGAGCUCAUCAAGAGGGCAGAAGCCCUUUCUAGAUUCCGUGAAGGUGGCAUAGAAGGCAGAUCAAAACUCUGCAGCAAGCUAAAGGCCGAGUUAAAGUUCUUGCGCAAGGUGGAGGCUGGCAAGGUUGCCAUCAAAGAGUCUCACCUGCAGAGUACCAAUCUCACUCACCUGCAGGCCAUCAUUGAGUCAGCUGAAAACUUGGAGGAGGUUGUCAGUGUUGUCCAUGUCUUCACAUAUGAGGACCAAUUCGGGGAGAAACAAAGCUUGGUGGUGGACGUCGUUGCAAAUGGUGGCCACACCUGGGUGAAAGCCAUAGGUCGAAAGGCUGAAGCCCUGCACAACAUUUGGCUGGGCAGGGGCCAGUACGGUGACAAAAGCAUCACUGAGCAGGCAGAGGAUUUCCUGCGAGCAAGUGGCCAGCAACCCGUGCAGUACAGUAACCCGCACGUUGUCUUCGCUUUCUACAACGGUGUGUCCUGCCCAAUGGCACAGAGGCUGCAAAAGAUGGGCAUAUCGGUGCGGGGAGACAUUGUUGCUGUGAAUGCAUUGAUGGAGUGUGCUAGCGAAGACCUCCCCUUGAGCUCUGGCGAAUCUGAUGAAGGAGGGGAGGGCCUUCAGGUGACCAAAGUAGACCGGGGCAACUUAAUAGCUAGUGUUGCUUUUCCUACAGAGAUCCGAGUAGACGUGUGCAACAGGGUUAACUUGGAUAUUACUACUCUGAUCACAUACGUCUCUGCCCUGAGCUACGGAGGCUGUUACUUCAUCUUCAAGGAGAAAGUCUUAUCGGAGCAGGCAGUGCAGGAGAGGAAAGAGAGUGUUCUCCCACUCCUGGAGGGUUUCAUGAAGGGCAAGGAGCUGUUUGCUUGUGAAUCUGCAGUCAAAGACUUUCAAGUCAUUUUAGAGACUUUGGGAGGGGCAGGUGAGAAAAGUCGAGCCUUGUUACUCCUGGAGAGAAUCAACGUGGUGCCAGACCAGCCCUCUGAGCGUGCCUUAAGACUAGUGCCUAGCUCCAAAAUCAAUAGCCGUUCUCUGGCCAUCUUUGGCACAGGAGAUGCUUUAAAGGCCAUCACCAUGACUGCAAACAGUGGCUUUGUGAGGGCAGCAGCUAACCAGGGCGUUCGAUUUAGUGUGUUUGUUCAUCAGCCGAGGGCGCUGACAGAAAGCAAAGAAUCUUCUGCCACACCUUUACCAAAGCAUUCAGUUGGGUCCUAAUGGUUCAGGACUAGUCUGCAGCCAUUAAAAGAAUGGAACCAGAGGGUAGAUCUUACCCAAUAUUUGUGUGUUUAUAAUGCCUGCAGUUUCAAAAGCAAAGCUUUUUUAAAAAAAUACAUGCAAAGCCAAUCUACCCACAGGGCAGGGAGAAACAUGAUCCAGGAUUUGGGCCUGCCAAGAAAGUAUUGGGCCUGAGUUGAAGUCCACCUGCACCCAGUUGUGGUGCCAGGUACAACUUACUGUAUCUGCUGGCAUCGUUUUGCUGUGCAAUUCCUUGCUUCUAGUGCAUAUUGUAUGAAAGGUUGGAGACAUGUGCAAAUGGACACCAGGCUACUGCUUUGGAUGCAGCCAUGCUGUGUUCCUUGUAAAGUUUUCAUUCUGUUCUGGGGUGAGGCACAUUUAAGUCACAUACAUUUAUCCUACAGAUAAAUGUAAUGCUUCCAUGUGGAACUUCAAAGCAUACACAUUUGGCUGGAUUGUUCCAACUUUCUGCCCAUGGCAUAAGGUCCUAUGUUUUCCAGGAUCUGUCUUCAGCUGAAAACUGUAUGGAAUGAAGAAGAGCAGUACAUGAUGUGGAAUAUGUUGCAGAAUACGCCAUGAGUAUGAUCCCACCAAAGUUAAACACACUUAAACCCAUUUAUUAAAUUUGAGCGCCUUGGGCACCUGCUAACGUCUCUCACAGAAAGCGAAAGGUCUUUUUUAAAAAAAAGCUCUAUGCAGCUAGAUUGUAAACUGUAUUUUUUCAGAAUCCUUCUGGUUUUCUCUUUGAUGGUUCCAUGCUAAUUUAUUUUAUUGGCCGUAAUUAAGUUGUUAACAGAGUACAGCGUAUCAUCAUAAUGUUACAUUCAAACAGAACCAGUCUGUGGAGUCUUAGUGCUCAAAGGCUGACUUUUUAUGACUUUUCAGAUUUAACUGCUGAAAUCCUUAAAAUGGCUUGGGGUUGUGGGAGUG